AGGGGAGAUAACUGUUUACUUCCUCAUGUACUGUUGCUGUCAUCUUGUAAAAUGUGAUUCAUGCCGAUACCGUGAUUAUGUAAAAGAUGAUUUGAUAUUUCAAAAACAAAACUAAACUAAAACAUCAAGGGGAAUUACUUUCCGUUUGGAAAUGGCGGAUGCUCAAGAUAUGACCGAUUUUGGCCGCGCAAGUCGAGAUUAUCGGCAUAUGGAGGAGGCACAGGCGUCCGAGACCACUGAGGAGGCGGACCACCACCAGCAGAGAGUUAUCCGGAUCAAUGGACCGCAGCUCUCCAAGUUCUGCCACAAUGAAAUCAGUACGGCCAAGUACAACAUAUUAACCUUUCUCCCUAAGUUCCUCUUCGAGCAGUUCCGGAAAUAUGCCAAUAUAUUCUUCCUUUUCAUUGCCCUUAUACAGCAAAUCCCAAAUGUUUCCCCAACGGGGCGCUACACAACUGCACUACCUCUCCUGCUCAUUCUUAUGGUGUCAGCCAUCAAGGAGCUGAUUGAAGAUUUUAAACGACACAGAGCAGAUGAUGCAGUAAAUAAUAGGAAAGUUAAUGUUUUCCGCAACACUUCCUGGAUGACAGUAAAAUGGACAGAGGUGGUGGUAGGAGAUAUAAUCAAGGUCAUCAAUGGAGGCUUCUUUCCUGCCGACCUUAUUCUUCUGUCAUCAAGUGAGCCACAAGCCAUGUGUUACAUCGAGACCUCCAACCUUGAUGGAGAGACCAACUUGAAGCUGAGACAGGGUGUACCGAAAACAGCCAAGUUGCUGACUGGGGAGGAUCUUCAGGACUUCCAGGGAAACGUGGAGUGUGAGCCUCCCAACCGACACCUGUAUGACUUCGUCGGGAACAUCAGACCACGAAAUUCUAUGGCCAUCCCUGUGGGGCCGGACCAGCUGCUGCUGAGAGGAGCAAUACUCAAAAACACAAACUGGAUCUUUGGUGUAGUGGUAUACACAGGUCCCCAGACUAAACUGAUGCUCAACUCAACAUCAGCACCACUCAAGAGGUCCAAUGUGGAGAAACUCACUAACACACAGAUCUUGUUGCUGUUUGUGAUUCUGGUGGUGUUAUCCCUGAUCAGCACAGUUGCCAACACAGUGUGGUCCAACAAACAUCGAGACACAGACUGGUACCUGGCCUACCAUGAAAUGCCGCCCACCAACUUCGGCUACAACCUGCUGACAUUUAUCAUCCUGUACAACAACUUGAUCCCCAUCAGUCUGCAGGUCACCCUGGAGGUCGUCAAGUUCAUCCAGGCCAUCUUCAUCAACUGGGACCGGGAUAUGUACUACGCUGAGACGGACACCCCCGCCAUGGCCCGGACCUCCAACCUGAACGAGGAGCUUGGGCAGGUGAAGUACAUCUUCUCAGACAAGACCGGCACACUCACUAAGAAUGUCAUGGAAUUCCGGAAGUGUAGCAUAGCUGGCAUAGCUUACGGGAAUAAUGAUGAAAGCAUCCACAAGUUUGACGAUGAAUCUCUCAUGGAGAAUCUCAAGUCCAACCAUGUGACAUCAUCAACAAUUCAGGACUUCCUGACACUCCUGGCAGUGUGUCAUACUGUGGUGCCGGAACGCAUGCUGGACCUGAAUGAGAUCUCCUACCAGGCUUCCUCUCCAGAUGAAGCUGCUUUGGUAAAGGCUGCACGAAAAUUUGGCUUUGUCUUCACGACCCGGACGCCCCAAACCGUGUCUAUAGAGGUGUUUGGUAAAGUGGAAACCUAUGAAAUACUCAAUGUUUUAGAAUUUACAAGUGAGAGGAAGAGGAUGUCCGUGGUUGUGAAGCGUCCUGACGGACUCAUACAACUGUACUGCAAGGGGGCGGACACUGUGAUCUACGACCGACUAGAUGAGACUCAGUUGUACAGGGACAUCACUCUGCAACAUCUGGAGGAGUUCGCAACUAUAGGUUUGCGGACGCUGUGUAUAGCGACGGCGGACAUCUCAGAGGACUUCUACGAGGAGUGGAAGCACACCUUCUACAAGGCCAGCACGUCCAUCCAGAACCGGGAGAAGAAGCUGGAGGAGGCAGCAGAGCUUAUUGAGAGGAACCUGAAGCUUCUAGGUGCAACAGCUAUUGAAGAUAAACUACAAGAUGGUGUUCCAGAGACUAUAGACACACUGAGUAAGGCGGACAUCAAAAUCUGGGUUCUGACAGGAGACAAGCAAGAGACCGCCAUUAAUAUUGGGUACUCGUGUAAGCUGCUGACGCAGAGCCUGGAGCUGAUGAUAAUCAAUGAACAUAGCCUAGAUAGUACUAGAGAUAUCCUCAUCAAGAGGAAACAAGACUUCGGAGAUGCUCUCGGGAAGGAGAAUGAUGUAGCCCUCAUUAUAGACGGCCAGACAUUAAAAUAUGCACUCACUUGUGACUGUCGGCAUGACUUUCUUGAAAUUGCUAAAUCUUGCAAAGCUGUUAUCUGUUGUCGGGUGUCGCCGCUGCAGAAGGCGGAGUUGGUGGAGUUGGUGAAGUCAUCCCAGAAGGCCAUCACCCUCGCCAUUGGGGACGGCGCUAACGAUGUCGGCAUGAUUCAGGCUGCCCAUGUUGGGGUGGGCAUCAGUGGGAUGGAGGGGCUGCAAGCUGCCUGUGCAUCAGACUACGCCAUCGCACAGUUCCGGUUCCUGCAGAAGUUGUUGCUGGUGCAUGGAUCGUGGAGCUACAGCCGCCUGUGUAAACUCAUCCUCUACUCCUUCUACAAGAACAUCUGUCUCUACGUCAUCGAGCUAUGGUUUGCUAUUGUUAGUGGGUUUUCAGGCCAAAUUCUGUUUGAGAAGUGGACCCUGGGUUUAUAUAAUGUGAUCUUCACAGCGGCGCCCCCACUGGCGAUGGGUUUGUUUGAUCGCUACUGCUCUGCAGAAACCAUGAUGAAAAACCCCACGUUAUACAAGGAUACCCAGAAUGGAAGGUUCUUCAACGUCAAGGUGUUCUGGUUCUGGAUCAUCAACUCCAUCUUCCACUCCAUCCUGCUGUUCUGGCUGCCGUUGUUGUCGCUGAAGCAAGAUGUUGCGUUCUCUGAUGGUAAAACUGGCGACUAUCUCUUCAUGGGGAACUUUGUGUACACGUAUGUGGUGGUGACGGUUUGUCUGAAGGCAGGGCUGGAGACAAGCGCCUGGACCUGGCUGACCCACCUGGCAAUCUGGGGCAGCAUCGUCUGCUGGUUCCUCUUCCUUGUCGUCUACAGUCACGUCUUCCCAACCAUCAACCUGGCUCCAGAGAUGUUGGGAAUGGACCGUCACGUCUACGGCUGCUCAGUGUUCUGGCUCGGCCUUGUCAUCAUCCCCUUCGCCUCCCUCCUCCGAGACUUCUCCUGGAAAGUUGUACGGAGAACCUACUUCAAGACCCAGAGGCAGUAUGUUCAGGAGAUGGAGCUCGCUAAUAAAGAAGCCAUAUUGAAUGGAUCUCCUAAAAAGAAGAGGCCUAUAACAGAGCGAGCACGACUUCUUGGAUGUUCAUUCUUCGGCCGGUCUGCGGGCAGGAUACCACCAUCUUCAAAUCAACCACAAGCAAAGACAACCUCAUGUCUGUUGUCAGAUGGAUACGCCUUCUCACAGGAAGAGCAUGGAGUCGUGCCACAGGCCGAAUACAUCCGGGCAUACGACACCACGAAAGAGAAGCCGGAAGGAUUGUAGUAGCCCAACAACAAGCAAAGGGAGACAACUCCUGUCCUCGGAUCUCAGCAUGACUAUUGUGCCAUUGUUCAGCAUGGUCGCUACCUAGAACAUCCUCAUCAGCUCAUCAGACAAUCCACUACUCCACACUUUAAAUUGGAUUCUUACACCGAAUUGCUUUGUUUUUGAGUUAGUAGCUCAGAAUACUCUGAAUAUGUGUUCAAUGGUUAAAUACAUAUAACGUAUUUACAACCAUAUAGAAAAUCUCUAUUCCACAAAUUCUAGUAUUAUCCAAGGUAAUUGUUUUGUUUUUCACAUUGUCAGUCAAUAUAACUUUAAUCGGAAAGCAUCUUUUUGACAUUAAUUAGAAUAGAAAUAAUCUUCCAAAUUUACUAUUUUCUUGUCAGUAUUGAAUUUUGCUCCUUCUUCCCCAAACUUUAAAGUGUCUUGUUUGUCUUUGACCUCUUACCCUUUUUGCCUAUUGACCUUGACCCCUCCAAAUAUAUGACCUUUAACCUUGACCCACCAGAGAAAGGAAACAUAAUGUAUUUGCUGGCUUGCACUCCUAAAGGAAAUUUCUAACUUUCUGAGAUUUAUUUUUUCAAAGAUUAUCUGUUAUAUGUAUAUAGUGUAGACUGAGAAAUUGUACAUUUAUCUAUGUUAUAAUCAUGUCUGUGCAUAUUAUCGUCAACUGUGGUAGUGUCGUCAUUUUCAGUGUCCUGCGUUCAGUAUUAUUCUGUAUAAUGAUGCAUUAUACUACAUGUCUUACAAAUGUUGAUGGGUGGGGGAGUAGUCUGGUGGUGAAAAUGUCCUCUUGGCACAACGCAACCAGGGUUUGAAUCCUCACAAGAGUGCAGUGUCUACAUCCAUUCCUUUCAUUUUGGUGGAAUAUUGCCUAAACAUUGUGUAAAACCUCACUCACUCUCUCUUACGAUAUUGCUAUUCCUAAAGCAGUCCCACGAAAGGGUUCUGAAAAGGCUUUUGUAUUGCCUUAUUGCAAACGAUCACAACGUUUAGGAAUCUUUGGACUGAUCUUCGGGUCCCUGAAGUUCCUUAUCACAAUAUCUUUUUUAGAAUUUAGAAAUAUUUUUCACUGAACUUGAUAGCACAUUUAUCCUUAUAGAUCACUUAAUUACGAGGCAUGCAUCCAGCAGUAGCAUAUUGACAUCCACUCUUGACAUUACCAAAGGUCAAGGUCAUUGCCCGGAUCAAUGUCAAGCUACUUGAGGAAUGCCUGCCUAGCCACUGGAUAUCGGAUGCACUUUCUACUUUCAUACGGGAUGAUACUAGCAAUGAUAGUGGGUGAUGAGUCGGCAUCUGUUAUAUGCAUUUGCUAAAUAGCUGUCCGAGUUAUCAAUGCAUAUGAAAUCAGGACUCUGUGAUAAAAAACAUGGUCAGUAUGAUCAAUCGCACUUCUAAAGAAGUUGCAAUAAAGAAAAGUUUGUGAUGAUGGAUCAGAAAAAGUGUUAUGGUUAGAAAAUAUUUAAUGAUGGUAGUCUCCACAAGCAGCAAGACUCUUCACGGAGUCGAAUGUGUCAUGGAUCUCCCCACCCAGUGACUGUUUUCACUGCUGGAGUCGAAACUUGUGUGUGUGUGCGUGUAUGUGAUAUGUGUGUUCUGGUGUUGUGAUGUCAGGCCAGCUAAACAAUUCCUUGUUUCUCACUGCCUUGUGGGUGAGUCGGUUUGUUAUUCUAAUUUUAUAAUAAAGUCUGUGACUUUAGCCUGUAGUCAGAAGCCCAAGUCGAGUGAAGAUUCUAGUAAGCUUGGCUUUUGACCGCCAAAGAGUAAGAUUUGCUGAAAAAGAUGCGGAUGGAUAAAUUUGGUCCAGUAGAGAUUUGGUCUAGUAAAGAUUCUAGUAAAGAUUCUUGUAAAGAUUCUAGUAAAGACUCUAGUAAAGACUCUAGUAAAGAUUCUAGUAAGCUCAGCCUUUGACAGCUAAGGAGUAACAUGCUUAAAGAGAUUGAUGGAUAAAUUUGGUCUUAGAACAUUUUGACACAGACCGUAUGAUUAUCAAUAUAAUAAUUGAAAGAUACAGUUAGUUGAAAUAUAAAAUGUUUUGUAAGCUCAAUGGACAGAGAUAUUUCAGCAUUCAUGGAUCAAAACCUAUUUUUAUUUAUAACAAAAUUAAUUGACAUGUAUAUUUAAAAAAACCAUUCAGGCCAAAGAUGAUUUUCAUUGGUUUUGAGAAACAAGAAUUUUAUUUGAAUUGGCCUAUUAUAGAUCUGUGUGUGUCCAUAAGUAGUUCCCUUCUGCUCACAUGGUGGUAGAUCACGCGCUUCUAUUGUGGUCAGGGGCGAUGGAUGUGUAUUCUCUGUUUGAAAUUACCACGUCUCUGGUGUCCACCCUGAAUUCUGUUUACCGUAUUCGACGUAAUAAGCGCCAAGGGCACUCUCAAAAUUAGAAAUAAGGGUCUCUUAUUAGAAUAUUAUUUUGGUAAAUGGUGAACGUAAAUUUUGUGGUCUAUGCUGACACCCUGAAAUG